AUGAGCAAGGAUACGCUGAGUCAGACGAAGAACUCGUUCGUUCCUGACCUGUGUGCGGGAGUUAGCGAUAACUGGAAGAAGCAAUGUGAAGAUACCCAGGGCUAUUAUGCCCCUGUCUUCUCGGGUAGAAUAGAAAAGGUGGCGCAGACUGUCACUGGGUAUCUGUUGGCAUGGCGCAUUGCUCUUGGUCCAGGUGUUGGAUGUGUUCAAUACUCCUCUCGUUCUACAAAAUAG